GAUAGGAAGUAGCAGCAUUAUUGAUGGCUUCUAUGAACAUCACGAUGAUUACGGUUUUAACAAUUUCAGCUUUCAUGGUAAGCACUACUACGUUGACAGUAGUAAUGGCAUCAAGGGAACUGACAAGCAUGAACAAACCAACAACAAUAUGCAAAACAUUAGCAGUCCGGCUCAAUGGAGAAGCUGGUGAUGGUCUCGCCGAAUGCUGGAGUGCACUUUCUGAGGUACAUUCGUGUACAAAGGAGAUUAUUGUUUUCUUUCUUGAUCAUGGAGAAACAAACCUUGGUCUUGAAUGCUGCAGAGCUGUAAGUACCCUAUGUCAUGAUUGUUGGCCUUCAAUGCUUACAUCCUUGGGUUUUACAUCUGGAGAGAGUGGCAUUUUACGUGAUCACUGUGAUACGCCUUCCGUUCCCCCUCGGUCCACACCCACUUAUGUAGUUUCACCACCUCGCUCACACCCACGCCCACCAAUGCAGUUUCACCACCUCGGCCUUCACCCACUUAUGUGGCUUCGCCACCUCCGCCUUCACCCACCAAUUUGGUUUCACCACCUCAGACCACACCCAUCAAUGUGGUUUCACCUCCCCCGGCUGGAUGUCCUAAUUACACAGCUGCUGCGCAUCCUAAGGUGAUUGGAUAGAUUAGACGAUGAUAUUACUGAAAUAAUUAAAUGCUUGUAUUAUUAAGAGAGGUGUUUCAAUCAUGAGCUUAAGUCGUAGGAGUAAUUAUGUGGCCUUCAUUUAUGGUGUGUAUGACACUAUGACUAAUCAAAAAGAUUAUUAUGGUUUGCGUGUACUGUAUAAUGAUAUGCAUGCGUGUUUAUAAUAAGAGGUGUUUCAGUCAUGAGCUUAAGCCUUA